UGAGAGAGAUUGCCUUGUUUGUUUUGUUCCGGUUCGGUACUGGAGAGAGAAGAGAGAAACCAGGAAGAGAGAGAGAGCUUGCUUGAUUUGAGAUCCGAUAAGCACAAAAGAUCAUGUGGGUAUGUGUUUUUGUGUGACAGGAGAACGGGAAAUUCGGAUUGUGAAGCUGAUUUCGCUUCAUCUUUUGAUUUGGUAUGGAAAUAAAUCGGAGGGUCUGAGACUGAACGCUAUCGUAGCUAGCUGUUCUAUGUACGACACUGUAUCAGCUGCUAUCCACUGAUCGGCGAUUAAUGUCCCUGUGUCGAUGCAUGAAAUAUAGAAGGUAUGCCCCUUUUUGAGUUGUAAAGAAAAACCCGGACCAGUGUAAUGAAGAGUCAGAGUGUUGGUUGAUAAGGACAUUUUGGGUUCGAUGUCUAUCAUACGCAGGCAACGUGUUUGAUUUUAGGUCUCUUGUGGAUGGAGGUUUUGUCUUCUAGGCUCCCACAGUGAAAUAACUGCGCAAAUUCGACACCGGAUGACCCAGAAUUGGCAACAAACUUUAGGCUUUUCUUGUACUGAAAAUUGAGACUAAGCGCGCUUUGGUCGGAGUCUUCUGCCUCUCGGAGCUUUUAUUUUGCUACAAAAAGCAUUUACUUCUGCAACAGUGAGGUGGUUUUUUCGCUGUUUCUCUCACGAAUACACAGGUCAUCAAAAUGAAGGAAGCAGCAGAGAAGAGUUUGGAUCCUCAGCUAUGGCAUGCCUGCGCAGGUAGCAUGGUCCAGAUCCCUCCAGUGAACUCCAAAGUUUUGUACUUCCCUCAAGGCCACGCAGAGCACACCCAAACCACCGUCGAUUUCCCCUCCUCCCAGAGAAUCCCGGCCCUCGUUCUCUGCCGCGUCGCCGCCGUUAAGUUCCUGGCUGAUCCCGAAACGGAUGAAGUUUAUGCCAAGAUCACGCUAAUACCAUUGCCAGACAGCAUCGACCUUGAUCUUGAAGACGACAACGUCGUGGGUCCAAAUGGAACUGAAAACCCCGAAAAGCCUGCUUCUUUUGCCAAAACACUCACUCAGUCGGACGCCAACAACGGUGGGGGCUUCUCUGUGCCGCGGUACUGUGCCGAGACUAUAUUUCCGCGACUGGACUACUCAGCGGAUCCUCCAGUGCAGACCGUGAUUGCGAAAGACGUGCACGGAGAGAUUUGGAAGUUUAGACACAUAUAUAGAGGGACCCCGAGGCGGCAUUUGUUGACUACUGGGUGGAGCACUUUUGUAAACCAGAAGAAAUUGGUUGCGGGGGAUUCCAUUGUCUUCUUGAGAGCCGAGAAUGGCGAUCUCUGUGUUGGGAUUCGCCGUGCUAAGCGUGGGAUGGGUAAUGGAAAUGAUUCCGUGACUGGAUGGAACCCGGGUCCGGGAAAUUGUAUCAACCCGUAUGCGGGAUUAUCUGUUUUCUUGAGAGAAGAUGAGGGAAAGAUGACGAGGAAUGGUUGUAAUGGGAAUUUGAGUUCUGGUUUAGGUAGUUUGAAAGGUAAAGGGAAAGUUAGGCCAGAGACAGUUGUGGAGGCGGCAAUGCUUGCUGUGACUUGGCAGCCCGUUGAGGUUGUUUACUAUCCACGUGCAAGCACGCCAGAGUUCUUUGUGAAGGCAGCAGCAGUGAGGGCUGCGAUGAGGGUGCAUUGGUGCUCUGGGAUGAGGUUCAAGAUGGCAUUUGAGACGGAGGAUUCUUCACGAAUAAGUUGGUUCUCAGGAACUGUUUCGUUUGUUCAGGUUGCUGAUCCCAUCCGCUGGCCUAAUUCACCUUGGCGGCUUCUUCAGGUGACAUGGGAUGAGCCGGAUUUGCUGCCCAAUGUAAAACGUAUCAGCCCUUGGUUGGUUGAAUUGGUAUCAAACAUGCCUGUCAUCAACAUGUCACCGUUCUCACCUCCAAGAAAGAAGUUGCGGUUCCAGUCGCACUUGGAUUUCCCUCUUGGUGGUCAAUUUCCUUUGCCAUCAUUCACAGGCAAUCCCCUUGGGCCAAGCAGCUCCUUGUGUUAUCCAUCUGAUAACACUCCUGCAGGCAUACAGGGAGCCAGGCAUGCUCAAUAUGGAAUUUCUUUAUCGGAUCUUCAGCUUAACAGCAAACUGCAGUCAGGGCAUUUUUUGUCCAGUUUCCAGCGGUUUGAUUCACAUUCUAGAAUUUCUGAUGGCAUCAUGACAGGUGUCAAACAUAGCAAUGAGAAGUUAUCUUGCCUGCUAUCAAUAGGGAAUUCUAGUCAGAAUUUGGAGAAAUCUGAUAAUGUGAAGAAACACCAGUUUUUACUCUUUGGACAACCAAUAUUAACUGAGCAGCAGAUGUCUCGUAGCUGUUCCACUGAUGCAGUCUCACAAAUUCUUACAGAGAGGAGCUCAUCUGACCGGACUCGAGAACUAGAGAAAAAAAGUUCUGAUAGUUCAGGAGCGGCACUUGAGCUGCAAGUUUCACCAGACAAGUCAUCCAGUGCUUGGUACCCAUGGCACCAGAGUUUUCAUGCUACUGAUUCUGCCCUUGACAUUGUUUGCAAGGUAUUCUUGGAGUCAGAGGAUUUGGGAAGGACCCUUGACCUUUCGCUCAUUAGUUCUUAUGAAGAGCUGUACGGGAGGCUGGCCAACAUGUUUGGAAUUGGAAGAUCAGAGAUGAGCCAUAUUCUCUACCGUGAUUCAACAGGUGCUGUGAAACGAACUGGAGAUGAGCCAUUCAGUGAUUUUGUGAAAACAACAAAAAGUCUGACGAUUCUCCUGAAAUCAGGCAAUGAUAUUGUUGAAAGGACGUGGGUUACAGGAAUGCGGAGUGCUGAAAACGGACUAGAAGCAUCAAAUAAGACUGGUCCCUUGAGCAUAUUUGCUUAGUUUGGAGAUAUUUAAUGAAGUUGUUAAGAGUUUGUGGUUAUUCAUCAUGUAUGAUUUAGGGGAUUAAGGACACACAGAACUCCAAUCUUUAAUAAGUGGUGAGAUGGAAUUGACCAGCUAUUCUACUAAAUGCUGAUAUGUCUGUUGUUGUACUGGAUUAUGAAUUAUUAUGUUCUCUAUUAUUCUUCUGUGUGAAUGCACUUUAUAUCUCAGUCAAUGGUUGGAUUGCUAUGAUUAUUCUAAUUUUAAUGUUUAUU